CACUGAUAUUAGUGUGUCCUUCACUUUGGACCCGAGCGGACACCGGUCAACAUGGCUUUCGCAGCUCCUCAGAUCGUCAGAGGCUUCUCGUCUUCAGCUGUCCGAAAUGUUGUUAUUAAAAAUGUAACGAUCAUCGGAGGUGGACAGAUGGGUGCGGGGAUUGCACAAGUUGCAGCAUCAACGGGCCACUCUGUGACACUGGUGGACACGUCUGACGAAAUCCUCAAAAAGUCCAUCAAAUUAAUUGAAGGGAGCCUUAAACGAGUGGCGAAGAAGAAGUUUUCCAAUAAGCCAGAAGCAGGUGAAGAGUUCAUCAAGAAAAUUGUGCAGAAGGUGUCGACCUCGACAGAUGCUGAAUCUACCAUUCAGGGCUCGGAUCUUGUGGUGGAGGCCAUUGUUGAAAAUCUAAAGAUCAAGCAGGAUCUUUUCAGUAGGCUCGACAAGUUGGCACCAUCGCACACCAUCUUUGCCAGUAACACGUCCUCGCUGUCUAUCUGUGACAUCGCCAGUUCCACCAACAGGCAAGACAGAUUCGGUGGCCUUCACUUCUUCAACCCAGUUGCUAUGAUGAAGCUGGUAGAGGUGAUUGGAACUCCAGCAACAAGCCAAGACACUUUGGAUUCCCUCGUGGACUUCAGCAAAGUGCUUGGAAAAACACCAGUGUCCUGCAAAGAUACCUCUGGAUUCAUUGUAAACCGUCUACUUGUUCCAUGCAUGAUGGAGGCCAUCCGGUUGUAUGAGAGAGGUGUGUGUACCUGCUGUUUCUACAGCUCCUUCAAGCAUCCUUCAAGCUUUUCACUGAUUCCUCUAACUUUGUUGACAUUCUGUUUUUCUAACCUCUCAGGCGAUGCAUCCAAAGAAGACAUUGACAUUGGUAUGAAACUCGGCGCUGGUUAUCCCAUGGGGCCAUUUGAACUUGCUGAUUAUGUAGGACUAGACAUAGUAAAGGCUGUUAUUGAAGCCUUCAAGACGAAGGAUCCUAAGAACCCUCUCUUUGAUUCGAGUGACCUGCUGAACAAGCUGGUUGCAGAGGGCAAACUUGGCAUAAAGACAGGAGAGGGAUUCUACAAGCACAAGUGAUCUCCUGUGAAUGUGUGCAUUCAUCACUGAAACUAGCUCAACAACUGAUCAGACACUGGAAUAGAUAAGUGCCUUUGCCGUGUGCAUUAAAGAGCAACUGUUUGCUAAGUCAGCCUGUCAGUUUCCUUUCAGUGUCCAGUGAAUUUUAAAGCUGAAUAAAUAGAUUUUUAAA